AUGACUACAAUUAAUAACAUCAAACAUCAAAAAUAAGAGAAACUUAGACUUAGUCUUAGAAAAGAAAGAAAUGAGAAUACUUUUUCUUAAAAAAGAUAAUUAAAUGUAGAAACAAAGACUAAAGUAUUCUUAUUGUUUCCUGUUAAUCUAUAUAAGAACAUCGAUAUUCUGAAAAAUUACAAUAAAAUAUUUUUAAUAGAGGAUGAUUAAUACUUUAGAGCAUAUAAUUAUCAUAAACUAAAACUUGUUUAUCAUAGAGCUACUAUGAAAUCAUAUUAAGAUUAUUUAAUGAAUAAUUUAAAAGAUGUAAGUAUAUAAUAUAUUGAUUAAAAUGAAAAUUGUAGUGCAUUUUUAGAAUCUAUUUAGAGUACUGAUAAAAUUAUUAUAACUUAAUGUGACUUUUAUGAUCCAAUUGAUAAACCUGUUUUAUAAAAAUAUUAAAAUAUUUUAUAAUAAUUAGGAAUACAAAGUGAAAUUAAAGAAAAUCUUUCAUAUUUAUGUACAAGAAAUGAUUUGUAAUAAUAUCAUAAGGAAUAUGUUAAAUUAAAGGAUGGUAAACCUAAUUAUAGUCAUGAUUCUUCAUUUUAUAGAUGGUAAAGAAGAAGAUUGAAUAUAUUGAUGGGUCCAAAAGGAGAAGAUCCAGAAUAAUGGACUUAUGAUUCAGAAAAUAGAUAACCCUUAAAACCAGGAACAAAAGUACCUAAAAAACCUGACUUAAUAAAAUCAAAUUAUUAUGAUGAAGCAAUAAAUUAUAUUACUAAACAUUUUCCAAAUAAUUUUGGUGACAUUAAAAAUACAAUUUAUCCUAUAGAUCAUGAUUCAACUGAAGAAUGGUUAGAUUGUUUUUUAAAAUAAAAAUUAAAUGAAUUUGGACCAUAUUAAGAUGCAGUUCAUUCAGAUUAUCCUUUUGUUAAUCAUUCAAUUUUAUCUCCAAUGAUGAAUAUUGGAUUAAUUACCAGUAAUCUUAUUGUUGAUAAAACAUUACAAUAUUAUAAAUAAAAUAAAGCACCUAUUUAAUCAGUUGAAGGAUUUCUUAGAUAAGUUAUAGGAUGGAGAGAAUAUGUUAGAUUACUUUAUUUUUUUGAAAGUGAAUAAUAAAUGAAUGCUAAUUUCUUUAAUCAUUAAAAUAAAUUGAAUAAUAAUUGGUAUACUGGUGAUACUAAAUUACCACCAAUUGAUCAUAUGAUUUAAAAGGUUAUUAAAUAUGCAUAUCUUCAUCAUAUUGAAAGAUUAAUGUAUAUAGGAAAUACAAUGUUAUUAUCAGAAAUCAAUCCAAAAGAAGUAUUUAAAUGGUUUAUGGAAGUUCAUAUAGACAGUUAUGAAUGGGUUAUGGUACCUAAUGUGUUUGGUAUGACAUAACAUGCAGAUGGAGGUAUAAUGAUGACAAGACCAUAUAUAUGUUCAUCAAAUUAUAUGUAAAAAAUGAGUAAUUUUAAUAAAUCAAUUAAAUCUGAAAUCAAAAUUGAAAAAUAGGUUUAUAAUUGGACUGAUCUAUUUGAUAGUUUAUAUUAUAAUUUUAUUGGUAAAAAUGAAGGAAUACUUAAAAAAUAUUAUGCAACAGCAAGAUAAGUAGCUCAUUGGACUAAAAAGAGUGAAAUAGAUAAAAUUAAAAUUACAAAGAUUGCAUAAACUUUUAUUAAAUAAUUGAUUAAAUGA